AUGGAAAAAAGCCAUUUAGCUCAACAAAAUUCGUUUAUAUUUAGAAUAUUACCGACACGAAAAAGUAGAAUCUUACAUUUAUAUACACGAUUAAAACAAAUUACAAAAAUUCAUCCAAAAAUUAUAAACGGUGAUAUGGCUGAUGCAACAGAUGCUGUUCCUCCAUCGUCGAAAGGUACCAAACGAGAAGCAGAAGAAGACAGUCCUACAAAAUUAAAGUCAUUGAAAGCAUCACAGCAUGCCGUAGUGAAAAAUGGUGAGUCUGGUGAAAAAACGACGAAAAAUGGCAAUGUGAAUCCAAACGAAGAUGACGAAGAAGAGGUUGUUGGACGCGAGGAAAAUGGCUCGGAGGAUGAGGAAGAUGAUGAAGAAUAUGAAGGGGAGGAAGAUGAAGAGGAGGAUGACGGUGAAGAAGAUUCAAGACAAGAGCAAGCACAACAAGUUGUAAGAUCUGCUAGAGGACGAGGAGCUGCAAAUGAAGAACAAGAAGCUGGAGGGUCUGGAGAAGAUGAGCCAAGUGGGGAAGAAGAUGAGGAUGAUGAAGAAGUAUAA